UCAUUGAUCCACCCGAUACCCAAAUCUCACCUCAGUGGGACCACAGCCUCUGUUCCAAAAAAAUACCCUUUACUUUCUCUUCCUCCAUCUUACCUAUUCCAUAGCCAACCAGGGAAACAGACAACUGAUUUUAAACACCUGAAUAGAACAAGUGGAUAGAAAUACAAACUGGACUUGAACAACAGAAGAUACAAAAUACCACUCAACAGCACAGUAGACACAGCAACAAAGACCAAAAGUUCAAGUCAUUCUCAUCACAGAAACAUUUGUUGUGCCUUCUCUCUUCCCAGUAAAUCAGCCGUCAGGACGGACCACCAUGCAUUUAGCCUUCCAGAUCCUGGGUCUGUCUUUAGGGGUGAUUGGCUGGUGUCUGGAGAACAGCUGCACUAGUUCCCAUUCCUGGAGGGUACGCAGCCAUUCUGGGGCUGUCACAACCAACAACUGGCAGUUCGAGGGCCUGUGGAUGACCUGCGCAGCCACGUCCCUGGGCUCUGUGCAAUGCCAGAGGUACAAGACUGUACUGGGGCUGCCAGGCUACAUACAGGCAUGUCGAGCCCUGAUGAUCAUCGCUCUGCUCCUGGGUCUAGCGUCCAUCAUUGUGUCAGUGCUGGGGCUGAAAUGCACAAAGAUCGGCAGCACUUCUGAACAGGCCAAGGGCAAAAUCGCUCUGACAGGCGGAAGCUUGUUCAUCUUAUCAGGUCUUUCCACCUUGACUGCUGUGUCAUGGUACGCUGCACGGGUGGUGCAGGAGUUCCAUGAUCCAUUCUUUGCAGGAGUAAGGUUUGAACUGGGUGCAGGUCUAUACAUGGGUUGGGGAGCUGCCUGUUUGGCCAUUCUAGGUGGUGUCAUGCUCUGCUUUUCCUGUAAGAGGGGUCCAUCAGGACCCGCCACAGGGGGAUAUUCAUACAACUACUCCAAAACAAGCGGUGGACAACAGAUCUAUAGGGCACCACAUGUGUCAGAGUCUGGGAGUUCAAAAGCUUAUGUUUAAAGCAGUUUAAAAUGUGUUUUUUUCAAUCUAAUUUGUUUGUUUGUCUGUUUCCAUUUGUUUCUUCGCCGAAGUAUGAAUUUACUGGUUUGAAUUUGCCAUUAUAUAUUUUUGUUGCUUUGUUUUUGUUGUCUUGAGUUGAGUCACUGUGAAUAUUAAUGCAAUGUUUAUUACUUUGAAAUGUAUUGAAAAUAAAAAUAUUACUCUGUU